CCUUGACUUGUAGCCAGGCACCGUCCCUUACUCCUCCUCCUCUCCCUCUUCUUCGUGAAGCUUCCGACCCCUUGCCCUCUCCAAGACUUCCUCCUCACCCACACCCACCUCUACAGCAAUGCCCUUUGGUGGUGAUCUUGACGCCUACCAGGCCUCCGGGGCCUCGCCCCUGGCCAUGCUCGAGAAGAAGCAAAGGAGCUUCCUCGGCCUCUCGUGGGGAGAGGUGAAGCUGCUGCUCAUCACUGGAGCCGGUUUCUUCAUGGAUGCCUACGACUUGUUCAUCAUCAACAUCAUCUACGCCAUCAUCCUUGAUGCCUACUACCCCGCUGGAACCGCAAACAUCGGAUGGGGACUCAAGGGAGGUGUGCUCAAGGCCUCGGCCAACAUCGGAAACGUCAUUGGUCAACUCAUGUUUGGUUUCCUCGGAGAUUACCUCGGUCGAUCCGCCGUCUACGGCAAGGAGCUGGUCAUUGUCAUUGUCGCCGUCAUCCUCAUGAUCUCUGCUCCCGACUACCUCGGCGGUGAGGGCAUCACUGGCUGGAUCGCUGGCUUCCGUGUCCUGAUGGGUAUUGGAAUCGGUGGUGACUACCCCAUGUCCGCCGCCGUCGUCUCGGACCGUGCCCACCUCAAGAAGCGUGGUACCUUUAUCGCCUGGAUCUUCUCCAACCAGGGAUGGGGAACCCUCGUCGGUGCCGUCCUUGCCGUCAUUGUCAUUGCCGGUUACAAGGACGAUGUCGAGGCUGGUGACCGCCACAAGCUUUCCGGCGCCUGGAGGAUCCUGCAGGGUCUCGCCCUGGUCCCCGCAUUCGCCUGCCUCUACUUCCGUCUGACCCUGGUUGAGUCGACGCGUUUCACCCAGGCUCGUGCCAUCCAGGAUGACCCUGAGCUCCUGCAAAAGGCAUCUGCCAAGGGUGUCGUCGUCGGUGAAAUCUCCUCCGAGGAGGAGCUCGCCCUCGAGAAGGCUGGCGGUGACGUCGCCCCCAUUGCUCUGCAGAAUGAAGCCGUCGGCCUCAAGCUCACCGGCAAGGUCGGCAAGAAGCCCAAGAACGAGUUCAUCGAGUACUUCUCCGAGUGGCGCCACCUCAAGACCCUCAUCGGAUGCUCCCUCUGCUGGUUCCUCGUCGACAUCACCUUCUACGGUAUCAACCUCAACCAGUCUUCCAUCCUUGCCGCCAUUGGUUUCACAAAGGGAAACACCUGGUCCAAGCUCAUGAAGACUGCCACUGGUAACCUGAUCAUCACCUGCGCUGGUUACUUCCCAGGCUACUUCUUGACCAUCGCUCUCGUCCAGCCUCUGGGUCGAAAGCCCAUCCAGCUGCUCGGGUUCCUCAUGAACAUGGUCUUCCUCGGUAUCCUCGGUGGCCUCUUCAACCACCUCAAGACAGAGACCGGCCCCUUCUUCGCCGUCUUCGUUUUCCUCCAACUUUUCUUUAACUUUGGAGCGAAUGCUACCACAUUCAUUAUCCCCGCCGAAGCAUUCCCGACGCGCGUGCGCGCUUCCGCACAUGGUCUGUGCGCAGCCACCGGAAAGCUGGGCGCCAUUCUCUCCUCGCUUGGCUUCUCCGCCAUUGCCACCUCGCACGGCCAGGAGCUCGUCUUCUGGGUCUUCUUCGGUGUCUCUGGUCUGGGCUUCAUCAUCACCCUCCUCCUCGUACCAGAGACCAAGAACUACGAUGCUGAUGAGGUCGACCGACAGGAGCUCGCGGAGAAGCUUGGCUACCACCCAGGUGCUCACGAGCCUCAAAACCCCAUUGCCAUUGCUGAGCAGAUCAACCACAGUUAGAUUGGGCCAUGACUCUCAUUAGGAGUUGA